AUGAGAGAAAUUAUUCAUUUAUCAACCGGUCAAUGUGGUAAUCAAAUUGGUGCUGCCUUUUGGGAAACUAUUUGUGGAGAACAUGGGUUAGAUAACAAUGGAACUUAUGUUGGAGACAAUGAACUUCAAAAAUCCAAAUUAGACGUUUAUUUCAAUGAAGCUAGUUCAGGGAAAUAUGUUCCUCGUGCUGUUUUAGUUGAUUUGGAACCGGGUACUAUUGAUAAUGUCAAAACUUCACAAAUUGGGAACUUGUUUAGACCAGAUAAUUUUAUUUUCGGUCAAAGCUCUGCUGGCAAUGUUUGGGCUAAAGGUCAUUACACUGAAGGUGCUGAAUUAGUUGAUUCUGUUUUAGAUGUUGUUAGAAGAGAAGCUGAAGGUUGUGAUUCUUUACAAGGUUUCCAAAUCACCCAUUCUUUGGGUGGUGGUACUGGUUCUGGUAUGGGUACUUUGUUGAUUUCUAAAAUUAGAGAAGAAUUUCCUGAUAGAAUGAUGGCUACAUUUUCUGUUGUCCCUUCACCAAAAGUUUCUGAUACAGUUAUUGAACCAUAUAACGCUACAUUAUCAGUUCAUCAAUUGGUUGAAAAUUCUGAUGAAACUUUCUGUAUUGAUAAUGAAGCCUUGUAUAACAUUUGUCAAAACACUUUGAAAUUACCACAACCAUCUUAUGCUGAAUUGAAUAAUUUGGUUUCAUCUGUCAUGUCUGGUGUUACUACUUCUUUACGUUAUCCAGGUCAAUUGAAUUCCGAUUUAAGAAAAUUAGCCGUCAAUUUGGUUCCAUUCCCAAGAUUACAUUUCUUUAUGGUUGGUUAUGCCCCAUUGACUUCUUUAGGUUCUAAAUCUUUUAGAUCAGUUACAGUACCAGAAUUGACUCAACAAAUGUUUGAUUCCAAAAAUAUGAUGGCUGCUUCUGAUCCAAGAAAUGGUCGUUAUUUAACUGUUGCUGCUUUUUUCAGAGGUAAAGUGUCUGUUAAAGAAGUUGAUGAUGAAAUGCACAAAAUCCAAACCAGAAAUUCAUCUUAUUUUGUUGAUUGGAUUCCAAAUAAUGUACAAACUGCUGUUUGUUCUGUUCCUCCAAAAGAUUUGGAUAUGUCUGCUACUUUUAUUGGAAACUCUACUUCCAUUCAAGAAUUAUUUAAAAGAGUUGGUGAUCAAUUCAGUGCUAUGUUUAGAAGAAAAGCUUUCUUACAUUGGUAUACUUCAGAAGGUAUGGAUGAAAUGGAAUUCACUGAAGCUGAAUCUAAUAUGAAUGAUUUGGUUAGUGAAUAUCAACAAUACCAAGAAGCUAGUAUUGAUGAAGAAGAAUUAGAAUAUGCCGAUGAAAUCCCAUUAGAAGAUGCCGCCAUGGAAUAA